AUGGCUGCGGCAACUUCUAGCAAAACGAGUGUAACCCGUUCCGAGAGGAAGUUGGCUCACCAAAAAAGGGAUCGUCGCAAGUCAAGUCUCAUGAAGAAGGCGUAUGAAUAUGGCAAGAUGUGCAAUGCGGACAUUUGCUUCGGCAUUCGGAUUCGAGAGUCAGGUCAUGUCUUUAUAUUUUCAGCGGAUGCUUCGAACUUUUGGUCUUUUGUGGGCUCUCAGUUAAUUUAUGAAGUCAAGAAGAUUGUAUGA